AUGAUCCUCACGUGCUUGCACUCAAACGAGGGUUCGCUUCGAGCAGUUAGCGGUGAACAAUGCUCAGAGUCAACUAGAGACUAUCUUGUCUCUGUCAUCUACGGCUAUGACAUGGUCGGUCGUCUGGGUGCCGCGACUCUAGAAGACCUCAAAGCCCGUCUCUUCCACGCCCUCUGUGUCUGCAAUGUGCCGAAAUUUAAAAUGCUUGGCAGUCGUAUGAGCAUCUGCACACUGAAUAAGUUCUUCCCCUGUUGCAGGAGCGCCCCGUUUGGUGAAAUCGAUUGGUAUCUAACUGAAGAGAUGAAGAAAAAAUUGCUGGAACCUGAUCUGAAUGAGGUCUACACGACGCCUGAGGGCAGCUACCUCAAGCCCUUUAGAGAGGAAGUUUACGAGGGAGUCUCAAAGGUAGACAGGUUGCUGCCCGGGGGACGAACCCUAAUGAGCUGGAAGAAACCGACGACAGGUCCUUUCCUUCGACUUCCCCGGCCCUACCCACGAAAGCUUUAUCCCGAAAAACUCCUGAACCCCGUGAAAGCUGACUCCAGAUGCGUCGAUGAAUGCAUAAGGUCCCUGCCGAAGCCUCGACCAGGCGCUCGUAUUCUGCACAUCCUCGAAGUUUCAAGUGAAUUUGAAGGAGUUGGGCACGUACCAGCAAAGUAG